GCCACAGCACGCUCCGCGCUGACGAGCACGAGUUUGACGCGCACGCGGCGGCAAUGGCGAACGGCGACCAGGACAUGGCCACCGACGAAUUGAUGGAGACGGAGGGGUUGAAGGUCCUUGCCGUGGACGACGACCCCAUCUACCUCCAUUCCUUGACGCAGAUGCUUCGGCGCUGCGGCUACGAAGUGACGGCCAAGCUGUCACCAGCAGAUGCGGUGAGGGAGGUGGAGAAGAACCCGAACAGGACCGACUUCAUCAUGACGGUCGUGCAGACCCGGGGGCGAGGGAUGGACGGCUUGGGCCUCCUCAAGCGUCUCGGGAAACGUUACCCAGUCGUACUCAUGUUCUCUGGCGAAGAGAGCAUGGAGACGAGAAUAAGGGGAAAUCAGGGGGGCGCUUGCUACUUGCUGGAGAAGCCCCUACGCGACACGCAGAUAUACUUCCUCUGGCAGCACGUUGUGCGAUGGAGGCUCAAUGCCGCCGCCGCUGCCACGGCAAACGCUAACCCUCACCACAGUCUGGGCGUUCAUCUGGAUGACUCGCAGAGGAAGAGAGGGCAAGGAGUGAACGAUUCCAACAAGGGCAAGGGGGCCUCCGAGGGCGGACUGCAGCUAGGGACCACAAAGAAGAAAAAGCUCGAGUGGACUGCAGAGAUGCACGAAUUGUUCGUCAAUGCGGUCACCCAGCUAAAGACAACAGGAGACGACACGCCCAACAAUAUAAGAGAAUUUUUGGAGAUUGAUGGCAUAUAUGUAACUACAGCUCAAGUCAGUAGCCAUCUGCAGAAAUACAGAAGCGACCACCGUACUGGUGGGCUAUCAACCAUGCCAAGCUCUAGGCCAUCACAUUCUAAUAGUACUUCCAAGAACUAUUCGGAAUCUCAAGAAUGUGAGGGGAGUUACAGAAUCCAUAUGAGAUCCCAGGGAGCAAGAGAUAUUAACCAAACCAGCUGGCUCAGCGGUGGUGCAUCACAAGUUGACUAUGGCGUUCUUGGAAAUUGGAACCAAACAACUAAUCUUGGCGCAGGUGCUGCUUAUGGUCAUGGUUAUUAUCAUGGUAAUGGCAUUGGCGACAUAAAUGGUUAUGAUCAUCAUUAUGGUAUUGUCAGUGCUAAUGAUUAUGGUCAGCAUUAUGGUAAUGGCAAUAAUACAUCUUAUGGUUAUCCUCACGGUAAUUCUAGUGAUAAUAAUUGUGGUAAUGGUAAUGGUGGUCGUGGUGGAGUUAUAACAAGUGGAAGCAUGGUAAGUGCGUCAUUGCUAUCCAACCUAGCACCACCAGUACAACAUGGAAUGCGUGCAGAUGCUUCUGCUGGUCAGGCCAGUGUAGUGCAUCCUCAAAACCUUGACAAAGGUUUUUUAAACUGGGCCAACACUAGUUCUGAAACAGCCGGCACAUCAGGUGGAGGUGGUGUAGUGACAGACGGGACGACUCAUGGGCUAACUAUGGAGGAAUAAGAAAACCUUAUGAAGCACUAGGUAGUCAAAUGGAUUAAUGGGUCUUCAAAUCACAAAAAUUUAAGGGAGAAAUUGAUUGCACCAAGAGUUUUUGCAUGAAUGAGAUUGGUGUUAAGUCUAAACCUGAAGAUGGUGACCUAGUGAUGGACAAUGAUGCAAUCUUACUGGAUGCUACCCGCAAGAGAUUAUUACCAGUUUGAAAAAUUGUGUGAUCAUAGUAUACUGUUGCUGACUACUUUGCUGAUUUUUGUUAAGUACUUGAGUGUUAUUACAAAUUUCUCUCAA